AUGUUCUACUGUAGGAACUUAGUAUCUGGAUCCUUAAAGUAUAGAUUAAGAUAUUUACUAAAUCAGGAUAUAAAUAUCAAUCAAAGUGGGGAACUAUUUAUUGAAGAUAAAUAUGCACAUGCAUUGUUUAAAAUUGGGAAGAAGGGAAAUGAGCUUGAAAUAUUAUGUGAAGACUUAAAAUUUGCUAGUGACUUUAUUGAUGGAAAUAAAAAACUAAAACAAAUAUUUGUAACACCAGGUAUACCAUUAACCACUAAGAUGGAAUUAUACAAUGAUUUAAUUCAGAAUAUGGAUUUAAAGAGUAAUACAAGCAAAAGAUUUUUACAGAUAAUUGCACAAAAUCAAAAAAUUCAGCAUAUUAAUAAAAUAUAUAAGUCAUUUAUGAAUGCUAUCGAACGAUUAAAUAUGAUAAAUUUAUGUAUUGUUUCUUCUUGCAAGGAUCUAAAUGAUAAUCAAAAACAAAAACUUGAAUCAUUGUUAAAAAGUUUAUCAAAUAAUAUUAAAAUUGAAUAUAAAGUAGAUCCCAGAUUACUUGGAGGUAUAAUGAUACAAGUAGGAGAGUUAAUGUUGGACUUAUCAGCAUUAUCAAUUAUUGAACAAAUAAAAAACUUUAUUACAUAUAAUUAG